CAUAACAGGAAGCAAGCAACAUUCAAGAACAAAGACUAAAUUGGGUAACGUCAAUGUACUUGGCUGAUAUAUAGAAUUGAGAAACACAGGACUGAACAAAAGUGGCCUUAUUAUUCAGGGAACAUCUCUUAAACACGUUUGCAUGCCAAGGUUACAUUUUUAAUGUGCGAUCACUAGCGAUUGAUGUGUAAAGACCAAAAGUGCUACCACAGGAAGUUGACAAUAAGGUGCCCGCCGCAGACCACACGUCCUGCAUCCUUCUGAACACUGUGUUCACACAGAGAUUGAGGCGUGGGAAGGUACAAAGAACAAGAGCGCACGAUAAUGGAUGAUAAGAGUUUGGAAGAACUUCUCAACAAGCCUGAAUUAUUGAGGAUGAUGAUUUGAGUGAGGAAGAUCCAAUCUGGGACAUUAUCCAAGCAUGUAAAGGACUACAGAAGUCUUGAGUAGCAUUUUGGGACUGACCAAUCCAGUGUCCGUUUCUCCUGAUCACUGAAAGCUUCCGCUGAGGAUGAGCGCCAACACCACCACCCUGAUUCCUGAAGAUGUAAAGCCCCUGCUGGUUCUUUCUCUGGCGUUGGUCAUCUUCUUGACGGUGAUUGGAAACCUGCUGGUCAUCCUGGCGAUCGUUCGUACCCCUUUCCUCCACACCACCACCAAUGUCUUCAUCAUCUCUAUGGCAUUCGCUGAUCUCAUUAUGGGCUGUGUGGUCCAGCCUUUAGGACUCAGUAUGGUGGUGGCUGGGAAAUGGGUUUUGGGGAACCCUAUGUGCGACCUGUGGACGUCUUUAGACGUGUUCUGCGUCACCGCCAGCAUCGAGACGUUGUGCGCCAUCGCUGUUGAGCGCUACAUUGCGAUUACCAGACCUCUGGAGCAUCAGGUACUGUUGGGAAAACGCAGAGCCGGCUACAUCGUAUGCAUGGUGUGGAUUGUGUCAUCGUUAGUUUCCUUCGUGCCAAUACUGAACCAUAAUUCUCGUGCAAAUUAUUUAGCAGCAAAUGACUGCUACAACAACUCGGAGUGCUGCGAUUUCCAUACUAACCAGCACUACGCCAUCUUCUCCUCUGUGAUUUCCUUCUACGUGCCGCUUGUUGUUAUGGUGUUUCUGUAUGGGAAGGUGUUUGCCAUUGCAAACAAACAGUUGAAACUCAUCGGUAAAGACAGACUUCGUUUUCUGAGCUCUUGCAAUGAAGACUCUUGUGAAAAUCCUGAAAGUUCAGUUCGAAGUUACAGUCGGAGAACAACAAGGCAUGUUGUAAAAGAACACAAGGCGCUCAAGACUCUAGGGAUCAUCAUGGGCAUCUUCAGUCUCUGUUGGCUGCCCUUCUUCAUCUUCAAUAUCAUCAAAAGUUUUAAUCCUGAAGUGCCAACACAGCUUGUGUUUCUCCUGUUGAACUGGCUGGGUUACGCCAACUCAGGCCUGAACCCAAUCAUCUACUGCCACAGUCCUGAGUACCGCAAGGCUUUCUUUAAUCUCUUAGGGUGUAAAAAACCCAAGCAUUUUAACCAAACCACCAUGAACAAACAUCUACAAAGCCUCACCUCGUGCAUCCAGAGCAACAGUUCUGUAAGAAUGAACUGCAUGGGUCACAAAGAUCCAAUUGCACGGGGCGGGAACACUUGCUCUGACACGAGUUCAGUUUUAAAAGGAGAAGAGGUAGAAAUUCAGCCUCACAAUGACUCAAACAUGACAAGGAUCAAUGUAGCAGAGAUGUUGAAGGGCCACUGAAGAUGGGAAACGGAUCCAACGCUCAAGAGAAUUAACCGUAAUGUCGUGCUUUUCAAGCGGACCCUGACUGCAUUUCAUGCAAAGGCAAAAUGGACAGCUUUUAAAGUAAAGAGCAGCGAAGUGGGAAAGUGAUAUCGAGAACAAACCGUGACGAAAAUGAUCAUGCACUGACUCAUUCUUGAACUUUACCCAGAAUGGAAACUGAAGUCUUAAAAUUGCAUCUUUUCGCCUCACAAACCAUCAAAAAAAACAUACAUUUGUUGUGCGGAGAAGGCGUUUUCUCUCAGAGAUUAAUUUAAAUGCAUGCAUGGUGCAAAACAAGAGUAAAAAUUCCCUGUUAUGAUCAGAUAAAUUUCAGAAUCACUUGCUCAUUUGCUAGAGACAUUAAUAGGACUAUAUUUAUGCACAUUCAUAGCAGUGGUGUUUGUACAGCUGCCCUUGAGCCAAGGGGAUAUUUUGGAUGUUUUUCUUCAUCGAUGCAAAUUAAAAGUGAAAGGAUUUAAACAGUGUACUGAAAUAACAUUUCCAACCUCAAUGGAAAAACAUUCCCAUAAAGUAUAAAGAGGCCAUAUUGUGCUUUGUUAUGUUUUCCUCUCUUUUUCUGUAGUUGUAUCUGUUUGUGCAUGUAUUAUAUCUGCAACGUUUCAAAGCUCGUCUCCCACAAAGGGAUUUAUUCAAUCUAAUGAACAACAGACUCCAGAGACGUGCCUAAAACAGAUCCUUCCCAUCAAGAUACAACUUGCACAAACAUCGAUGCCAAAAUUUGAGGUAAUAGCAUGAGGUGAACAAAA